AAUUUUGGUAAACAAAGUGCUGUCACUUAUGUGGAUGUUUAUAUUUGUGAGCUUUCAUCCAGUAUCGAAUUCUUUGAGAUAAUUUUUUUCUUGUUGUUUAAUAUGACUUUAGACAGAACAAUAAUUUAUCCAUAUAUUAAUUAGUAUCUUAGUGUUCAACGAAAUAUUUCAUAGUUAUUUUAAGACAUUAUAUAUUUAGCUUUGUAUUUACGUCGGACAUUUUUAUAAGAUGGGAGGAAUAGUAAGUACAGGCAAAAGUAAUGAAGAUUUGAUAAAUAAUUUAGUCCAAGUUGACUAUAUAAAGACAUCAGCCGCAGAGAUAGCAUUCAGAGCCGUAGAUAGAGCUGAAUAUUUUUUACCAGAAAAUAGGGGAAAUGCUUACCAAGAUGCUGCUUGGAAGUGUGGUCAUCUACAUAUUUCAGCUCCUUGUAUUUAUAGCGAAGUAAUAGAAGGAUUGUGCUUAGAACCAGGAUUAUCUUUUUUGAAUUUGGGUUCUGGAACUGGAUAUUUGAGCACAGUCGUUGGUAUUAUAUUAGGAUCUAGUGGAAUUAAUCAUGGAAUUGAAUUUCAUGAAGAUGUAGUACAAUAUGCCUAUAAGAAACUGGAAGAUUUUAAAAAAUACUCUGGUGCCAUUGAUGAGUUUGAUUUUUGUGAACCAGUAUUUGCAAGAGCAAAUUGUUUGUGCCUUACCGAAAAUCGAUUGUAUGAUAGAGUCUAUUGUGGAGCUGCUUGCCCAAUAGAAUAUGAGCAGCACUUAAAGAAUCUCAUCAAAAUUGGUGGUAUAUUAGUAGUACCUAUUGGUGAAAAUUUAAUGCAGUAUAAGCGCAUUUCUGGUACUCGAUGGGAAUCGAAAUCAUUGUUGCCUGUAUCUUUUGCAAAUUUAUUGAGAGCAGAUGAGACAAGCCAAGACUUGACUAAAUUAUUAGAAUGUUCAGGGAAAUGUGCCUAUCUCAUCCCAGAAGUGAACCUAUUCGAGUCUUCGGUUUGGAAGCAGGUUGACAUCCAACCUCAAAGUUUACAAGCGUUAUCUCGAAUUGUCAUUCGUGACAUCCUGCGAAAGAACAUCCAAAAGGAGCUUCCCACCGUAAUUAGAAGACCUUCUGUGAAUGAGCCAUCUUUCAGAGAGGCGAUUGAAAACAGGAAGCUGAUCAAAAAAUACAUUGUGCCUGUACUAGACAACAGCUCAGACGAUGAUCUUACUGAUGGAGGUUGGUGGGAAUUGAACAGAAAGAGCAACCUUUUGGGACACCUGUUCGAGACCCUCAAAUACCGGGAUAGAGAUCAUGACAAUACCACGAGACGUAAUAGAAGUCAGUCGGGGGCUGGAAGUAGCAACCAAACUGAUGAUCAUAGAAGACCUACAUAUUCUCGAACCAGAAGGGGGAAUCAGAGUUCCUCCGUAGAUGAAGAUGAUAGCGAUGGGGGAGUAGACUUAGAAGUCAAUUCUGAAAGAGUGGGACAAGGAAUGGAUGAAGUAAUGAAUGAAAAUGCAAAUGCUACCUCAUCAUCCAUGGUAGCCAAUGAUGGAUCAGCAUGCAGCUCUAUAUCAUAUCAAGAUCAAAGGGGGCCAUCAAACUCAAAUACUUCUGGGUGCACUGAAAGUUCAGAAUCUGAAGCCACAAGCUCAAAUCAAUCUAGAAGCACGUAUGAACGAAAAAAAUUUGAUAGUGGAAUUGGUGAUGAAAAUGAAAUUUUGGAAGUAUCUGAUAGUGAAACAAACGACGGUGAUAGCGAAAAUCCUAUGAUUGCAUAUCACAGCAGAUAUAUAUCUGUAAGUGAUUUGGAACCUUUAAGAAGUGCGAAAAGAUCUAGUAGACAAGGAGGUUCUAGAAGUGUAAAAUGGCGAAGAGUUUCUUCUGAUCCCAAUAUGUCUACUGACUCAGAAAGUGAUGAUGAUCAAUCCAAUACAGAAUAUAGAAUGUAUAAAAGCUGCUAUUCGAUUCCUAUGAAAAAGAAGAUACAACAAUUACCUUUGCCCCAAGUUCUCAAGAAAUAUGUUAAUUGCAAUAGGGAUUUUUAAAACUGUUAAUGAUUAUUCAACCUUAUAUUUACACAUUUUAGAUUAGUGUAUAUUGUAUUCAUUAUAUAUAUUGAAUAUUGGGUUAUUUUAUUAUUUUAGAGGCUAAUACUGAAGAUAGUAUAUCAAUUCAGUUGAAUAAAUUUUUUUGACAAUAA